AUGCUUCGAGCCGAGAAAAACGAAGAGGCCGCCACUUUCGUUUUGAAACCCAAUAAGGACGAGAAUGAAGAGAAGGUACCGAACGAUGACAUCGAUGCCGAAAGAGCAAAGCUCAUUGACGUCAAAACCCAUCCUACGGGAGAAUUGUGUGAGUCUCUAGGGUAUGGACCAGUUAUUGUGCUUCUUGCGUGCCUAGCGCCAGACAAAUAUGAGGGUGCAGUAUGCGACAACAUGAAUUGCGGUGAUUGA